GCCCACUUCGGCGUGCUGCAAAUAGGGCUGCGGACCUCGCAGAGCGCAGCACUCCAAACUUUACCAGGAGAAGUGAGCGCACCUGGAGACUUUAACUCACUGAGGAAGAAGAGGUGAAGAAACUUCUCUGAGGACAAAACAAACCAAACAACAAUGAUUUUCGACAAGUUGAGAAAGUUGGACAUCGUGUUCGAUUCCCCGGAACUGGACUGUCCCCCGGUGUUCAGCAGCGGGGACGUAGUGUCGGGCCGGGUGUUGCUGGAGCUGUCCAGGGAGAGCCAGCUGGACUCGCUGAAGCUCCACGCCGAGGGCUUCGCCAAAGUGCACUGGACCGAGUCCCGGUCCGCGGGCUCCAGCACCGCCUACACGCAGAACUACAGCGACGAGGUGGAGUACCUGAACCGCAGAGAGGUGCUGCUGCAGGCAGAUAAUGGUGAAGUAACCGUCCUUCCCGCUGGCAGACAUGAAUUUCCAUUUAGCUUCCAGCUGCCAGAGGAGACGCUGGUCACCUCCUUUGAAGGGAAACAUGGCAGCAUCCGUUACUGGGUCAAAGUGAAGCUACACAGGCCAUGGGCAGCUGUCAAGAAGAUCAAGAAGGAGUUCACUGUCAUUGAGCCAAUUGACAUCAACACACCAGCCCUACUGGCGCCACAGGCUGGAACCAAGGAUAAGAUGGCCCGGGCAUGGUAUCGUAACUUUGGACAGGUGUCAGUGACGGCAAAGAUCGACCGCAAAGGCUACACACCAGGUGAGGUGAUACCCGUCUUCGCGGAGUUCGACAACUCUACCUCCAGAUCAAUUGUGCCCAAAGCCUACAUCACUCAGACACAAUCGUUCAUCGCCCGCGGCACGAAGAAACAGAAGCACUCGGUGGUGGCCACAUUGUCUGGCGACAUUGUGGGUGCCAGGUGCCGGGAAACUUGGCACGGACGCGCCAUCAAAAUCCCUCCUGUGGGGCCCUCCAUCCUGCAGUGCCGCAUCAUCAAAGUGGAGUACAUGCUCAAGGUUUGUGUCGAUGUUCCUGGAACGUCAAAGCUGUGUCUGGAGCUGCCACUGGUCAUGGGCACCAUCCCCCUCCAUCCCUUCGGGAGUCGGACCUCAAGCGUCAGCAGCCAGUACAGCGUCAACCUGGAGUGGCUGCGAAUGGCCAUCCCAGAGCAGCCUGAGCCUCCUCCAGAUUACAGCUCUGUGGUGACAGAGGAGGAGGCCGAGCACUGCAACAACAACACGGUGGUCUCAGAGCUGGCCGACGACCUGAGUGGGAUCCUGGAGCGCCCCCUCAUGGCUUUUGUCCAAGAGUUUCGCUUCCGACCUCCGCCAGUGUACUGCGAGAUUGACCCCAACCCUCAGCCCAUCAACAUGAGACCUCGCUGCAUGACGUGUUGAACCAUAAGCACUGCCUUAAAGUCAAGCGACUGAAAUGAAUCAAAUGAAUCAAGAGAUUUGUCUUCGCCUGGAUUACUUCUCUCUGACAUAUGGUACCUGGUCCCACCAAGCAUUGUGGUGACGGACUGAGGCUCCUCGGAGACGUCAGGAGAGAAGGAGCUCACAGGACCCGGCUGUCGGUGGAGGAGCUGCCACUUUGUUUCCUGUUCAUAAAGUAAAGUGGACGCUUUCCUGAUCUAUCGAGGGGUCAGGAAGCACAAGUCCUCCACAUCAGUUCCUGUCCUCCCCCAAGUGAUUUUUUUUUGGCUCAAAACAAAGCGAGCUGCAAAUACCUCCCAAUCAACGAUUCCCUCACAUGAAGAGAUUUUUGAGAUUUAAGGGACACAUUGGGGGGGAAAGAUCACUUGAUAUUUGUCAGGUGGAGAGUUGGAGUUGCAACAGAUGUUGAAAGAAAUCGCUCUUGAUAAGUUGACAAAGUGUCAUCUUUGAGUGGCGUAAAGAAAGAAGUGCAAUUAUUGUCUUCAGCUUCCACUCCCCUCUGCCUGGCAACACAGUAGAUUUAAUCAACGCACAUUGCUAUCUAUGCAUUGUGUGACUGAACAGAAGUGUGCCUGUAAUGAUUUCUACUGUUAUUUAGGCACAUACUGUAUCUGAAGGUGUGACGGUGGACAGACGAUGACGUUUUCUAUGCAUGCAGGUAACAAUAUGUAAAAGGGAAAAAUACGUAUGCCUUAACUAUCUGCAGUAGGAGAUUGCAUGAGAGUUUCAGGGAGUCGUUCUCUCAUAGUUAAAUAGAACUUAAGGUUUACUGAAAGAACAAAAAAGGUUGGAUUGUAUGUGGAUGAAUUCCAAGAGCAGUGUUGUGUAUUUGUAAAGCCUUAAGGCACUGAAGUGUCAGCUAGCUGUGGUUGAUGGUGUUAACACAGUUAAAUUAAAAGAAGUAGGAAAACACAAUUUGUGUGUGAAGCUGCACAAGGCUCAUAGAUUAGCUCUCUCAGCUGCUAAACAAAAGGAAGAGACCUCUGCGCUGUGUGGCCUGAAGCAUAUAUGGGACCCAGGUGCCUUGUUGCUGCGGUGCUCCGUCAGGCUCAGGUACAGUGCAACACUCUGCUCCAGCGGAGCCUUAAGCUAGAGAUGCCACUGAAGUGUAUGGACAUUCCAAAUAGACUCGAGGAUUAUGUUUUUCUCCUCAACUUCCAAAAAAACUGGUCUUCAGGGUCAGCUGUGCGACUUCCUUGGCACGCACUGAAAAACCGAAUGUAUUUUUAUACAAAUGCAGUUGUUGAUUUGUAAUCUUGCCAAAGUUUUGUAUUUGUUUUUUCUAAUAAAAACUCUUUUAAUGGA